AUCGGUUUGGAAGAACAUGGAUGUUGAACCUCUGCAUGUCAAGCUCAUGUGGGGCUCACUUUAUAGAUCGAACUCAAGUUCCCGCAUCGCACGUCAAAUCUGGAGCUGAUAGUUAUGAAGUUCCAUGGAGUAAGCUCGGUCCUCAAUUCAGGCUGAACAUGAUACGGCCAAUAAUAGGUAUUCAAGGAUAAGACAAUUGCAUUUCAUAUGUAUCCACAGCAGCAUAAGCAAUGCCGGUUUUCUCGGCUGUUAUGACAGCCCCACCUAUGGCUCGCCGUCAAGCCUUCUCCACAUGUGCACCACAUUAUUCGCGUCCAGCACUUCUCCCUCUUCUUUGGUUUUUUUUUUCUUGUUGUUUGGUAGCUGUUUCUUUCUUAUCAGUGAGAAAGACCUGUUCCUGAUAUUUUAGUCCCGCAAUCAUCUGGCAGGACAGUUAGCAUAUCCAAUUCAACAGUUGCUUCCCGUCCAACCGGGAUUUCCCCCAAAUCAAUAUGCCCAACCAGCUUCACAGCGCACCGCCCUUCCGGGCCGAGCACAUGGGCUCGUUGCUGCGUCCUGAUGACCUGCUUGAGGUUCGCGCUAAGAUCCGUGACACCGGUAUCUCGGAUGAGGCUGCUGGUCUGCACGCCGUUGAAGAGGUUGCGGUUAAGAAUGUUGUCCAGCUCCAGCGGGACCUUGGUUACAAGGCUGUUUCCUCCGGCGAGUUCAACCGGACCCGUUUCUGGGGUCUUAUGUGGGACGAGUUCCAAGGAACCAUUCGUCUCCAGGAUGCCGAUGCCUCUAUGUUCAGACUGUACCACCCCGACGUCGUCAGUCUGAUCGAGAAGGACCGUAAGGUCAUGCCCGGUGACUCGGUCAUUGCCGGAUCCAAGCUCACCUGGAGUGCCGAGAACUCCGUGUCAAACCUGCACGAGUUGAAGCUCGUUCAGGCUUCUUUGCCCGAGAGUGAGUGGGGCAACAUCAAGCUCACCAUGAUCACUCCCGCUUGGUUCCACAUGCGGUACAAGCAGGGCAAGGCGUACACUCCCGAGGCCUAUGCCAACGAUGAGGAGUACUUCGCGGGCGUUGCCCACGUGUACCAGGCCGAGUUGGAUGCUCUGUACAAGGCCGGUCUGCGUAACGUGCAGUUUGACGACCCCGGCAUGGCGUACUUCUGCUCCAAGUCCUUCCGCCAGGGCUGGGAGGAAGACAAGGACAACAAUGGCACUGUUGACGAUUUGUUCGACGCCUAUGUCAAGCUGUACAACGAUUGUCUUGCCAAGAUCCCUGCCGAUAUGCACACCGGUAUCCACCUGUGCCGUGGUAACUUCAUUGGCGGCCGCCACUUCGCCGAGGGCUCAUACGACAUCAUCGCCAAGAAGUUGUUUGAGAACCUCAAUGUCAACACCUUCUACCUCGAGUAUGACACCGAGCGCGCGGGCGGUUUCGAGCCUCUCAAGUUCCUGCCCAAGAACAAGAAUGUCGUGGUCGGCGUCAUCAGCACCAAGCUUCGUGAGCUGGAGGACAAGGAGGCGAUGAAGGAGCGCAUCUACAAGGCCGCCGACUUCGUGGCUUCUGGUAGUGGUGAGACCCGUGAGGAGGCCCUGAAGCGUAUCUGUGUCAGCCCUCAGUGUGGCUUCAGCACCCACGAGAGCGGAUACCCUCUGAGCCUCGAGGACGAGAAGAAGAAGCUGGGUCUUGUUCGGGAGAUUGCCGAUGAGAUCUGGGGUGAGGCUUAGAUGGGUGGGUAUUCAAAACUCACCCAGUGGCUUGUAAUGGUUUCUCGAAUAUUUCAACAGCGACGGGAAACUUUGAUGAUGUGACACGACGAGACGUAUUUUCUUUCAACAGUUCGUACCCAGGUCUGGAAUAACCUUGUGGGUUUGGCAUGUACAUAUCUAUAUGGACCUAGGUGAUUGAGAAGAUGAGUGGCGGGCUUCAUUGAUUAGCCGCUUGAAUCUGAAUUUGCUUCAAUGCUCUUCAUUGAAUGAUUGAUCUGGAGUACUGUGUGGGACAAAGCCCCCUCUUUUAAAG